CGCAUUCCGCACACGGCCGUCUUCGCCUUCAACGCUGACCAACAUACGCUCGGGAACCUCGUCUCUCAGCGGCUUCUGAAGUAUCGGUCUACGACGUUUUCGGCUUAUAAGGUCCCACACCCACUUAAUGAGCAGUCUAUCAUUCGGGUGACGACCGAUGGAUCUAUCACGCCGAAAGACGCUGUGAUCCGGAUUUGCGAGGAUAUUGGGGGUGCUGAGGAUACUCUUGGGGAUCUCGAAGUACUCAGCAAUAGCUUCGCCAUUGAGUGGCUGGGCAAGAGGAUAGCGGUGGAGGAGGACCGAAAGCGCCUGGAGAGGGAUGCCGAGUGACAGAGUGGGAGGCAGACCAUGAUGCCGUCGUAGGAAUUCGAUAAAGAGUCCGGAGUCAUUGGCGUUCCAUGGUGGACAAUUGCUGUAUUCUAGCUUCCGUGCAAAUCGGCACAUGGAC